AUGUCAGUGAUGUGUGGUGAGUUGGUUUGUUUCGAAACAGCUGUGGGGGAUCCGGGGAAGAAAUCCGGGGAAAAUAAUAUUGGAAAAUGAGAGAGCGUGAGAGAUUGAUUUGUUCAUUUUUCCUCGCCUACACAUCAGAAAAACCUAAUUUUUAAAUAGAAAUAAAAUUUUGAGACUCAAAAUGUCAGGUGAAUAUUUUUUUGUUGAACUCAGAGAAAUGGGCUGGAGAACCGGCGGAGAAAACGACCUAUCGGCGAACUUUCGGACAACCGGUGGACAAAAGUUUCGGCGAAAUAGUGUAGGUCAGACACUCCGCCGGUUGUCCGAGAGUUCGCCGACAUGUCGUUUUCUCCGCCGGUUCUCCAGCCUGUUUCUCUGAGAAAUUCAAAUCUUUUUUUCAAAAAAAAAAAAUUUUUCAGCGCCAAGUAAAGAUAGCAGUGAAUAUGGUCGUCCGAAGCCGGGAACCCUCACAGAAAUGCGAGCCAAAAAAGCAGGUAGGAAACUUUUUGGAGCCUACUAAAGCUCACAAUUUUUAAGCGGCUCAUGUUGCUCGAGAAAUGUUGACGCUAUGUGAAGUGGUUGAAGAUUAUGGUAAGCGAGAAGGUGAAGAUGGGCCGAUUCGAAUCACAUUUGGCAGAUUGUUUGGAAUUUAUGUCAAUAUUUCGGAUAAGGUUCGGUUUUUCAAGGAAACUAUACGUUUCAAAAAUAUCUAAAAUUAUUCCAAGAUAUUUAUUUCUGUUAGUUCAUUGGUACAUAAUUCAAAUUUUUGGAAAUAAUUGAAUUUUUAUGAAAAAUGAGCUAUGACGUGGCAAAUUUUUUAUAAUUUUCCAAGCCACGCAAAUUUUUCUGUCUGAAAAUUCAAAAUUUUUGAAUUUGCCACGUCAUAACAACCGAAAUCUUCUAGAAAUUCAGUUUUCCCAAAUUUUUUUUGAAUACUUGCUAAUCAACAAUUCAAAAACGUGAAUUUUCCUGUCUGAAAAUUCCAGAAAAUCCAUUUUUUUUGGUUUAAAAAUUCAAUUUUUCAAAAUUUUUGAAUAAAUUUUUUAAAACAGCGAAAAAUUGAUUGAUAUUUUUUAAUAAAAAAGUUUUCAAAUUUCAAAAUCCUAGCCUAUUCAUGUGUUAUGACGUAGCAACCUCCCAAAUUUUCAUAAAAAUCUGCUAAGAAUUCAUUUUUCCUCGAAUUCUGAUGAAAAAUGAGCUAUGACGUGGCAAAUUUUGCAACUUUCCAAGCCACGCGAAUUUUGCGAAAUUAUUCAAUAAUUUUUUUAAACAAUGAAAAAGCUAUAUUUAGCUAUGCUAGUAAUAGAUUAAUAAACAAAAAACAAUUCAAAUAAGUUAUUUUUGAAACGUAUUGAAUUCUGGUGCAAAAUGUUCACAAUAAAAAAACAUUUUUUACAGGUUGUUGGUACAUUAUUACGUGCUAGAAAACACAAAAUGGUGGAUUUCGAGGGUGAAAUGCUAUUUCAAAAACGAGACGAUCAUGUGAUAAUCACCCUACUUCUAGAAGGCGCCGAGCUAAAAACUGCAAUUCGCGAACAUGCGGCUGCAAAUCCAAAAGACUAA